CCCAGAAAUACUUCUUAAUUACAACCUGGCUUCACUCCCUCUGGCUACCUGUAGGCCAGUGGUUCUCGAAGUGUGGCCCUGACUGGCACGUGAGGAUGGCAGAGGAAAAUACAAACUGGCCCCUUCUGUCUGCUGAAUCAGAACCUCUGGUGAUGGGGCCCUUCUGGUGAACAAAGUCUCAGUCCUCAGUUGGUAUUGGACGGGGUUUCUAUUUUUCAUGGGCUCCCAGGAAGGAACCAGGGCACGUGUCCGUUUACUACAGAGCAUCAGCGUCCUGAUGCAGGAUGAGUCCUGGGGGAGCCCUUUCCGCAGACUCAUUUUCUCGAAGUGAAACCUGUCGCCCUGGCCGGGCGGUGGCGGGGCAUCAGCUGUGCUCGGGGAAGCUGGAAUCUGACCCGGGCACUGGGCCUGGUCUCCAUGGCAGCCGCGGAUUUAUUACUGGGGCCUCCACCCAGCUUGGCGGACUUUCGACUUGGAGCCGGGAGGAGAGGGACAGAACAGGCGGUUGUGGGAGCCGGGAGCCCACAGGCGACAGCCUGAGGCCCCGCGAUGAGUACAAGGAAUGCUUCUCUCUGUAUGACAAGCAGCAGCGGGGGAAGAUAAAAGCCACUGACCUCAUGGUGGUGAUGAGGUGCCUGGGGGCCAGCCCGACACCUGGAGAGGUGCAGCGGCACCUGCAGACUCACGGGAUCGACAGAAACGGGGAGCUGGAUUUCUCCACGUUCCUGACCAUUAUGCACACGCAAAUAAAACAAGAGGACCCAAAGAAAGAAAUCCUCUUGGCCAUGUUGAUGGCAGACAAGGAGAAGAAAGGCUACAUCAUGGCGUCCGAGCUGCGGUCAAAACUCAUGACACUGGGGGAGAAGCUCACCCACAAGGAAGUGGACGAUCUUUUCAGGGAAGCAGAGAUUGAACCAAAUGGCAAAGUGAAGUAUGAUGAAUUUAUCGACAAGAUCACCAUCCCUGUGCAGGACUACUGAGCGAAGAGGAUGUGAGGGAGCCUCCCGCUGGCCCUGGAGAUGCAGACUGAGGAGCUUCUGAAAAGAAAAGUGUUCCGUUCCCUCUGGGGAAAUGGUGAACACGGCAGCGGGGUGACAUGACUCUGCUGUGUACCAGAGGGUAGCUUGGCUCUGAGACUAAAGGAUCUCAGCCGUGGCAUCAGCAGGCCUUUAAUAAAAAGAUUUAUACUGAUUUUAAUAA